CGAGCUGAAACCAUUUCAAUAUUUUCUAAAAAAUUUCGAAUGGUUUCAUUUUGUUUGGCAUGGCUUAAGGCGUGAAUUGAUUUCCAACUCUUCUUGGCAGCGAUGAAGGCGGACAAUGUGCAGAACAUGGCGAACAAUAAUGCUGAGAUGGAAUACAUAACUCUGCCCAACACUGGCAUACAAUUUACCCAUGGACAGGAGCAGGCAGAACCCAAUGCAUAUCAAAGCCAAGGCAAUGAGUUUAGCCAGAAUCAAGCCUACAGCGGAGUGGGCAACUUUGGAUACAGCGGCUAUUCAGCAGCAGCCCCAAAUUGCUCUUACUGCUGUGGCUAUGAUUCAAGUGGCAACAACACUGUGCAAAACAACCAAAACUAUGGAUAUGCAACACAAGCUAAUCCCAAUCAGGUUGAGUAUCAAUACGAAUAUGCCAAUCAGCCCAAUAUGGCGCAAUACUACAAUGUAAAUCGUGUUGCGGGUGGCGGAGAAAGCUACGCAACAACAGCAGCUCCUUCAGCUGAUAACUAUGCUUCAACAGCAAACUAUUCUUCAACUGCAAACUAUCCUUCAGCUGGAAACUAUCCAUCGACUGUGAAUUAUUCUGCAGCUAUGAAUUAUAUUCCAACUGCGAACAAUUCAUCAGCUCUAAACUAUCAAGCUACUAACAACAUGGAAAGCUAUGCUUACAAUAUGAAGCAUGGUGCACAAUCAAAUUAUUUCUCAAUGCCAUCGCUUGGCAAUGUGGGAAUGACGCGUAAUCAAAUGAGUCCCGAGUAUUGGUAUAGUCCGCAAAAAAACAGACGAGGGCACAAAACCUCAGUCUGUUUACAGCUCCGACUUUCAACCCAAUUUUGGUGCUGGGAAUAAUUUUAAUCAUUUCCCCAACAACAGUUUCAUGGAUAAAAAAGUUAUUUAUGGAACUAUUGCAAGCGAAUCCUGAGAAAUCAGUGCUUCAGGGCAACAGCUAUCAAUACGGCGAUGCAACUUGCGACGUAGCUGACGAUCAAGUUAAUGGCAACUAUGCCACAGGAAAUGUCGGUGGAAUGCAAACGCAAAGUUAUCCGAUAUCUAAUUACGCGCAAAUGUGCAGCUCUUAAUUGGAAACAAAAGUAUUUACAAAAUUAUAUAGAUAAUAACUCGCAAAUUAAUAAAAAAAAAA